AUGCGGUGCUCACUGAGGGUGUGGGUGCUGCUGGGCUCCCUGGGCCUGGUCUUUCUCACCUCCCUCUUCUUCUCCAUCUCCCUGAGGGGGGGCGUCGGCCUGCCCUACCUGGACCCACCCGGAUGGGAGGAGUCUCGCCGAGUUAAACUAGUGCCCAACUACGCUGGCGCCCACCAGCUAAGCCCUCUAGAGGGCACCCAGCAGGAGAAGACAUGUGCCUGCCCCCGCUGUGUGGGAGACCCUGGGGUGUCGGACUGGUUCGAUGAGAACUACGACCCGGACAUUUCCCCCGUGUGGACACGGGACAACAUCCAGCUGCCUUCAGAUGUCUACUAUUGGUGGGUGAUGCUGCAGCCUCAGUUCAAGCCCCACACUAUCCAGCAGGUGCUGCUGCGGCUGUUCCAGGUGAUCCCAGGCCGCUCCCCUUACGGCUCUUGGGACCCCGCCCGCUGCCUGCGCUGUGCAGUGGUGGGGAACUCAGGCAACCUCCGUGGGGCCGGGUAUGGGCCCACCAUAGACGGCCACAACUACAUCAUGAGGAUCAACCUGGCCCCCACGGUGGGCUAUGAGGAGGAUGCAGGCAGCCACACCACCCACCACUUCAUGUACCCAGAGAGUGCCAAGAACCUGGCAGCCAAUGUCAGCUUCGUCCUGGUGCCCUUCAAGACCCUGGACCUGCUGUGGAUCACCAGCGCACUCUCCACUGGACAGAUCCGCUUUACCUACGCCCCUGUGAAGCAGUUUCUACGGGUGGACAAAGACAAGGUUCAGAUUUUCAACCCAGCCUUCUUCAAGUACAUCCAUGACCGCUGGACCAGGCACCACGGACGCUACCCCUCCACAGGCAUGCUGGUCCUGUUCUUCGCUCUGCACGUGUGUGACGAGGUGAAUGUUUUUGGCUUUGGCGCUGACAGUCGAGGCAACUGGCACCACUAUUGGGAGCAGAACCGCUACUCUGGAGAGUUCCGGAAAACAGGGGUACAUGACGCAGACUACGAGGCCCAGAUCAUCGACUCGCUGGCGAAGGCCGGAAAGAUCACAGUUUUUCCAGGAAAGUGAGUGCUGGAGGUGUGGUGGGCUGGGCAGGCUUGCAGGAACACUAGAGUAACCAUCACCACCAGACGUCUUUAUGUGCUUAGUUAUCUGUUUCUUUGUGAUUUGCAUAGAGAGGGUUCCAUAACACUAGAUCAUACGUUGCCUGAUGACCCUGUUCCCAUUGUGCAGGAGGGUAAGAUGCUGAUGGUUGUGAGUGGAACUACAUGUGACUACACACUCUGCCCCCAACAGGCCUACCUCCAUAGCCCUCAGCCCUGAGGAGAAAUGGACGGUCAGAACUAUAGGAAUAAUGUAGUGGGGACGGAGAAGUCUGACCUAGCCACUGUAUGGACCUGUGAACCAGUCCCAUCCACAAUCCCACCUCCUGCUCAUCCGCAGGGGGUUGAGUCAUCACACGCCUUAGGGGUCUCACACCCAGAGACUCAGCCCCCUCCCACUCUGUAGCCCCCACCCUAAAUGUCAUGGCAACCAGUGACGGACACUGAUCUACCCCUGCCGUGUCCACACCCACCUGUAUAGCUGCUGUUAAAGCCCCCUUGCCCCUCGGAGCUGGGAGUACUAGGUAGUUGAAGUUUACGUGGUUGGAAGCCCAGAGGCUACUUAAAAAUAAGAGUUACUGUUGUAAUUAUAUGACUAUCAUGUUGAAGGUAUGUACGGUCCACAGGGAUUUGACCACAUAUACAGUAUUAAUCGUUUGAUUUGUUUUAACCAUUUUAAGUGACUAAUCAUCCUGCUAAUUAGGUAGAUUGGGGAGAGGCUUACACAUGGUCAACAACAACACAAGCAGACAUAUUGGGAUAAGACUAACACUACUCACUCAUUAACAUACACACACACUCUUCCACACAUACACCGUUCACACAAUGUUCUUGGUCAUUUAGAGCUAAUACCAAUAAGUAUAGGACUGAGUACAAAGAGCUCACACUAAGAUGACCUGCUGCCUCCUGCUGCCUGUUAAGGGAUACUGCAUCCCUCUGAGGCCCAUACAUUAUAUGUACAUAGGACAAACGGAAGGUUGCCUCCUCUGUGUCUAAUGAUGACCACUUGAUAACAGAAAGUAAUAUGGCACAACAUAACUAACCCGACUGCUAGUAAAAAAUGCCACUAUAUUUUCAGAUCAGAGUUUAGGAACUCUGAAAAGGUAGCUUAGCAGGGUCUAGGCAGGUAGUCCAGCAAUUAAGUGUGUCGGCCAGUAACUGAAAGGUUGCUGGUUCAAAUCCCUGAGCUGACUCGGUUAGAAAUCUGUGCUCUUGAGCAACACACUUAACCCUAAUUGCUUUUGUAAGUCGUUCUGGAUAAGGGCGUGUGCUAAUUUAGUUAAAUGUAAAAACUCUUUCUUUAGUCCUGGCUGCAGUAGUUAUUAGCCAAUUUGGGAAUGCGACAUUCAGUUAAGGAUGUCUGCUGUUGUGUAAUCCUAUGAUGAUAUCAUAAAUAUGGUAUAUACCAUCAUGUACUGUAUGAUAUACUUGUAUUAUAUCUAUCCUUUGCACAUCAUGUUCUUAUCUAACACUCUGACAUUGAGUUGGGCAGAUCACUGUAACUGAUUCCUAUACAUAACUCAUUUCUGUGUGGAAUUUUUGUUUUGUUUCAGGUAUGUGUCUCUACCUGACACACAUACUUUACGGACAUCUACGGAGUGCCAGUGAGUUCUUAUCAGCCCUCACUCCUUACUAGUGUGUGUAUGUGAGAGAGAGUGCUGUAAACAAAAUUGUGUGAUUUACUUAGUGUUGUCAAAGUGAGAUUUUCAGUUAGACCCCUCUCAUAACAAAAUAGACACAUAUCAGCAAUUUACAGCCAUGUGACAACACACACACAUCCAUGCUUGCGUGCCUUGUCCCAGUGUUGGACAUACCUUUCCUGCAGUGCACCAUAAACCUCAGUACACGUGUGCUAUCUUAAGCUUGAUUUAGUCUGCACAGGACAUUCACACAAACCCAAAGCCCCUUCUACUAUGGGUACUGCUAUUGUGAUCAUAACAGCGUGUCAGUCAUGUCUCUGACACAUACACAUAUUCUGAGAGCUUCAAAUGUCUUCUCCGACUUAGACCAUACACCUUAUAUUAUACCCACCCCCUCUGGUCUUGCCUGGCUGAGAGCUGUGCCUUCUGGACCCAUAUGAUUCACUAUGCCUUUCUCUAGGAGCCACGUAGAGAGGCUUCCUUUAUGCUGUUGCUUUUUAAACAACUCAUUAUCUAGAGAUGAAAGAAAAUCAACUCUUAUCUGUGACUAGAAAUGGGUAAAGUUGAUGACUAUGGUUAUAUUCAUUUGCUCUUCUCAAUCAGUAUUUUGCCAUUGUGUCUGUGAUUCGUAUCUGCUGAGGUAAUGUGUUCAAGAUGACAGCCGAUGGCAUUGUGUCUAGUGGUUAAAACAUAUCUCCACCUUAUUUCUGUUUUACAUGGAAUGUUUCUUAGUAAGUAUACCAACACUUUCCUGGGUGAUAUUACUGACUACGCCAGAAAUAAAAUGUGCAAUACAUGCAAUACUUCAAAGAGAAUCAAACACAAUUGACAUUGUUCUAAUGAUUGGACAUAACUUUAAUUCCGUUACUCCCAAUUACUUUUGUAAUAACUCUGUUUAUCCAACAGGUCAAUACCCAUAUCUACUGUAUCAAUAAAGCUAGCACAUUGUAGCUGAACGCCACGUUUUAGCUCAACGUGCAUAAGGAUACAGUACUUUCCCUAAUAUGUUGUUCGAUUGCUGUGUACACUGUGGGGAACUGACUGUGAAAGCUGAGAAAUCCCUUUCAACUCUGCUGUCCCUGAUAGUAUUGUUCCGUAAUGGAUAGUUUUGAAUGUAUUUGAGUUCAUCGGGUCUGGCUUGAGUGGCUUCUAGUGAUAGCUGAAUGGUCUCUUAUGAAGCAUCUAUGCUGUUGCAGUGUUUUGAUGGUUUCAUCUCCAGCUCUUCGUUAGAGGUCUCUUGUGCACAACAACAAUAUAUACUGACAACAGACUGUACGUACCAUCAGUGUUACUAUCAUUAUUACCAGUAGUAUCCUCAUUAGUAUUAUGACUAUCAUUGGUUGUAAGCACUCCCUCUUUACUACUUAAAACCUCAGUGUGUGUGAUGGACUGUUUUUAAUCAUAUGCUAUUGUGAAAAUAAA